AUGUUCACCAGCCAGUAGAAGUGCUGACCUCCACGAGCCAUCAGGUGGAGCAAGAGGAACUUCUUUAUCACCAAGAACCCCAUCAGCAACCUGCCUAGUCUAGGCACUGAGUGAGGUGCAGAGAGGGGGCCGGAUUUCACUUCCUCCUGGCUGGCACGUCGAACCGAUCAAGUCGAGCUGUGGCAGGAAUGGGAGGCUGGAGGGACGAGGAUUUGGAGUCACGGAGAUUAGGGAGAUGGAGCCGCCUCAGUGUGUGGAGGAGCUGGAGGAUGAUGUGUUCCAAGCAGAAGACGGGGAGCCGGGAACCCAGCCCGGGAGCCUGCUCUCCGCUGCCUUGUUUGCCCAGAGCCAUCUCGACUGCCCCCUCAGCCGGCUUCAGCUCUUCCCCCUCACCCACUGCUGCGGCCCUGGGCUUCGACCCACCAGCCAGGAAGACAAAGCCACUCAGACGCUCAGCCCAGCCUCCCCCAGCCAGGGUGUCAUGCUACCGUGUGGGGUAACUGAAGAGCCCCAGCGACUCUUUUAUGGCAGCGCCGGCUACCGGCUCCGGCUCCCCGCGCCCGCGCGCUCCCCCGCCGCCGCCGCCGCCGCGCCGCCCCGGGCCGAGCAGCCCCCCGACGGCCCGUGGCCGCACCGCGCGGAGCUGCAGAUCGCCCGGAAGCUGCGGUGCAUCGCGGAUCAGUUCCACCGGCUCCACGCGCAGCGGCACCAGCAGAACCCGGACCGAGGCUGGGGGCAGAUCCUCCUCUUCCUGCACAACCUGGCCUUGAACCGAGACCACAGGGACAGGGCAGGGCCCAGGGCCUCCGCCAGGAAUGGGGCCUUCGUCAAACACUGUCGACAGCCAGGCUGGGGACUCCCGAGGGCUCUCACAAGUGGACUCUCCGGUCAGCACUGUUGGAAGAUGACCGCUUAGCCCUGGGCUUCAGAAAGUGGCUGUAGCUUUUCUGUGUCCAGAAGUGGGAGGUGAGGCAGGCGAGACCGUCCCGUCGAGCGGAGGGGCGUGGUCUGACCGGCCCAGCCGAGGAGGGGCCCGUGGCCUAGGUGGCCGGCUCCACAUCUGGAUCCUCACUGGGCCCAGUCCGUGCCCACGCCAGGGGCUCAGGGAUUCCUUGUCCAGACCCUGCCAUUCAAAGGUGCCAAGAAGUGAACCAAGACCCCCAGCUUGGUGCUGAGGUGCGGAGCCCCCCGCCGCCGCCGGGUCCCGACACCGCUGGGUGUCAAGGCCGGCGAGCCCCGCUGGGCCUUCGCCACCUCUUCUCCAGUGACCCAGCCGACGGGCCAGUCUGCAGGAGGCCGGGAACCGGGGUAACCGUACCACUGCUGAGAGAGCACCCCAGGCCCACUGGUUUCCUUGGAAACACGUACCUCCAUCCUUGUGCCCCGCUCCGUUCUCAAACUUAGUGGAGCCGAGGGGGAAGCCGGAGCGGCGGCUCCGUCAGCUGGAAAGUGACUUUCGAAGAAGCAGACAAUGAUUGGGACGGGAAAGUGGGUACACGCGUCCCGCCUCCCGUCCGCUUCUGGAAGAGCCGGCCCUGGAACCCGAUGGGUGCCCUGCCCCUGGACUCCCUCCUUCUGUCUCAGCUCCAGUGGGGGGGGAGGGGGAGGGCGGAAUUCAAAGCAGCCAAUCGGCAGACACAGGGAAUCUGCUAACCCGACUCCGGGAGAAAUUAAAUUAUAAUUUUCACGUAAGAAAGAAAAGAUGACAUUGGUGCUAACGAUGAAAGCAUGAAGGCCCAAAGAAAGGACACGGCGCCCACCCCCCCCCCCCCCGGGCAGACAAGACUUCCGUGUCUCGAGGACACUGGAGGAGCCGAGUGGCCCUGGAACCUGAGCGAGCCCCGGCUCCCGCAGCUGUGCGGGGAGGAAGCCUCGCGGGUGAAGGCUGUGGCUCUGGCUCUGCCGUGCGCGCAGGUCGUUCUCCGAGGGAGCGGCCGGGGCGGGCGGAAGGGCGGGCGGAAGGGCCGCCUCCCUCUGCCUCGCUGGCUGCCCAGCCGGGGGACCUUUCCUAAUUUGCACAAAGGUACCAUACGCCUCCGCGGGGCGGCGGGCCGAGCAGGCCCCGGGGCCGCGUGAAGCCCCCGCGCUCUUCCCAGAUGAGCUGGAGCUAUUUUACCUCUUCGUGGCAAGAACCAUUUUCUCAGGGUGCGUGGCAGGUUUGUCCCCCAAGACGACG